AUGGCGUCCAACAUAGAGCUGAGCCAGGUUGACCGAGAAUUCGAUUUCGUUCGCAAACAAGAUGAUGAUGUCAAGAGUUCUAUGCUGCAUCAAAAACCGCCUCGGCAUCCCAGGUUCAGUGUCCAAGUCAAACAGCAUCACCAUGCACACAGAUACUCGACCGAGACGCCUCAGGCAAUACAACAACAAUCAUCACAAAGAUGGAGCACUGUAGCCGGCAUGAUAGGUCCACCGCGAUCAGACUUGGCAGCCUCCAUGACAGCAACAAGCCCGGAGGGCUGCGAGGUCUGCGACCAAUCAGGAGCUGUGGAACGAUACUUUGCAUCCGUCAGAGUCCCUGCAUCGUUCCUAGCGGCGACUUCUUUCACGGAGCUAUUCGCAACGAGCUUUAACCCCGAUGAUUCCAGCAUUCAACGACAAUUGCAACUCAUUUGUCUCCUUUGUCAAGGCCUUUCCUUUGUCCUGAGCAUGAAUGUCAUUGUCCUCUGUUCCCAAGCUCUCGUGAGGGGACUGACAGGCAACUUUGAUCCUUUCUCCGAGACUGGAUACGAGUUUCUCUUUCGAGAGUUUCAUUUUGAGUUUGUCUGCGUCCGAUGGUCCUUCUUGGUCUCUUGCUUUGGGUUCCUACUGGCUGUGACGGCCAAGAUUCUCUACUCUUUCGAAUUGUUCAAUUUUUCGUCCGAGAGCUACGAAAGAAACCACCUGGAACUUGGAGUUGGGGUGUGUUUAGUCAUGGCAAGUCUCAUGACGCAUCUAGCCAGCUAUGUAAACUCGACAAUGGUGGGUUGGAAAAGCAUGACCGAUAUGAGCCUAGACAUGAUCCGAAUGCUUGUCACAAGAGCUAAAGGCAUGGAAAGGCCCCUGGAGCCCUUCUCGCUCUUCAUGGCACUUAUUGGAGUACUGUUUAUCAUUUUGGCUCUGAUACCUGGUGCACAGAUAUGA